AUGAAGAUUUUCGUGAAGACUCUAAAAGGCACCCACUUCGAAAUUGAAGUGAAGCCUGAAGACACGCUUACUGAAGUGAAGAAAAAUAUAGAAACUGUUCAAGGUGCGGAUGUCUAUCCGGCUGCACAACAGAUGCUUAUCUAUCAAGGGAAGGUUCUCAAAGAUGGCACCACCUUGGAGGAAAAUAAAGUAGUUGAAAAUAGUUUUAUUGUAGUUAUGCUUUCUAAGAGCAAAAGUUCACCUGGUGAGGGUUCUACUACUUCAGCUGCACCUUCAACCAAGACCCCAGCAACAAGUGCUGCUCCCACCUCCACUUCUGUUUCAAGUUCAGCCACACCUCAAACUCCUGCUGCAGCGCCUGCUCCUUCUCCUUCUCCGGCACCUGCUCCUGCCCCUGCCCCUGCCCCUGCCCCUGCCCCUUCAGGCACUGCUGGGUCAGAGUCUGAUAUCUAUGGACAGGCAGCAUCUAACCUUGUAGCUGGAAGCAACUUGGAGGAAAUGAUUCAACAAAUUCUUGAUAUGGGUGGGGGGAGCUGGGAUAGGGAUACCGUAGUCCGUGCUCUACGUGCUGCUUACAAUAAUCCUGAGAGAGCCGUUGAGUAUUUGUACACAGGUAUCCCAGAGCAAGCUGAAGCCCCUCCUGCAGCUCGAGUGCCUGCAAGUCCACAAGCUGCAGAUCCCCCAGCACCAGCUUCACAAGCUGCACAGCCAGCACCUGCUGCUCCUCCUCCUACAAGUGGACCAAAUGCUAAUCCUCUAGACCUUUUUCCCCAGGGCCUCCCCAAUGUUGGUUCUGGUGCUGCUGGUGCUGGCACACUAGAUUUUCUGCGCAAUAGUCAGCAGUUCCAAGCCUUGCGAGCUAUGGUGCAGGCAAAUCCACAAAUACUCCAGCCCAUGCUUCAAGAACUUGGGAAGCAAAAUCCUCAUCUUAUGAGAUUGAUUCAAGAGCACCAGACUGACUUCCUUCGCCUGAUAAAUGAACCAGUGGAAGGUGGUGAGGGGAACAUAUUAGGGCAGCUGGCUGCUGCCAUGCCACAACAAAUAGCCGUCACCCCUGAGGAGCGACAAGCAAUUGAACGACUUGAAGCAAUGGGUUUUGAUCGUGCACUCGUGUUGGAGGUAUAUUUUGCCUGCAACAAAAAUGAGGAGCUGGCUGCCAACUACCUUUUAGAUCACAUGCAUGAGUUUGAGGAGUGAUCGGUUCUUGGCAGUUGCCCAUCAUUUCUUUUUAUUUUUUAUUUUCUUCAUGCGCUUAUAAUGUUUAAUGAGGUCGCCGUUGAUAAAUAUUGCAUGUCUGGAGUGGACGAGGGAUUUUUUUUUGGGUUUAAAUUUAAAUUUCCUUAGCAUUAUAGCACUUGUAUUCCCCAUUUCCUCCCAUUCUAGUAUUCUUCACGACAUUAAUUUAAAUGGAUAUUUGUCCUGUAAGUUGUUUUAUUUUGCAUCAAUAUUCCCAUAUAUGCUGCUUGUGCUUAA